CACCGCUCGGUUCCCCUCCCGCCCCUCGCUCCCUCCCUUUCUUCUUCCCUCCCUUCUAGUCUGGGACUUGGGAAAGCAGGAUAGCGAGUUUGCCGCGUUCCUUCCGCGCGUCCGGAGGGCGCGCCGCAGCGUGGGUUCGCCCGGGACUCGCACUCCUCGUCCCGCGCCCGUCACGCGCCUAAACUCCUUGGAGACCCUCCGGCUGCUGGGGGACUCGCGCCCGCCCGCGCCCGGGGGUCCUGUUCCUUGCAUCCUCCGGGCUGCGAGAAGGAGCCUGCGGCGGGGACCCGGAGCAGGGAGCCCGGGUGGGCGGCUGAGGUGAGCACCGGCCGGCCCCGCUGGGAAUAUGGCGACCGGUGGCUACCGGACCAGCAGCGGCCUCAGCGGCAGCACCACAGACUUCCUGGAGGAGUGGAAGGCGAAGCGCGAGAAGAUGCGCGCCAAGCAGAACCCCCCGGGCCCGGCAGCCCCGGGCGGGGGCAGCAACGACGCGGCCGGGAAGCCCCUGGCGGGGGCGGUGGGCACUUCGGCGGCGGCCGCUGCGGCCAACGAGCUCAACAACAACCUCCCCGGCGGCACGGCCGCACCUGCUGCCCCCGGCCCUGGGGGCGUGAACUGCGCUGUGGGCUCCGCCGCGCUGGCCCGGGCGACCCCCGGUCCGCGGCGGCCGGAGGACGAGCCCUCAGCGGCCGCUGCCUCCGGGGCACCGCCACCCCGGGGGGACGAGGAGGAGCCGGACAGCGCCCCGGAGAAGGGCAGGAGCUCGGGCCCCAGCGCCAGGAAAGGCAAGGGACAGAUCGAGAAGAGAAAGCUGCGGGAGAAGCGGCGCUCCACCGGCGUGGUCAAUAUCCCCGCGGCAGAGUGCUUAGAUGAAUAUGAAGAUGAUGAAGCAGGGCAGAAAGAGCGAAAGCGAGAAGAUGCAAUUACACAGCAGAAUACAAUGCAGAAUGAAGCUGUAAGCUUAUUAGAUCCAGGCGCUUCCUAUCUGCCAACGGAACCAUCUAGAACUGUUUCAGGCAGAUAUAAAAGCACAACUGCUGCCUCUGAAGAUGAUGUCUCAAGUAGAUACACCCGAACAGAAAGAAGUGGGUUUAGUAGAUACAACAGAGAUGCAAAUGUUGUGGGUAAUUUGGUCUCAAAUAGCACAUUGGAAAAGAAAAUUGAAGAUCUUGAAAAGGAAGUAGUAAGAGAAAGGCAAGAAAACCUAAGACUUGUGAGACUGAUGCAAGAUAAAGAGGAAAUGAUUGGAAAACUCAAAGAAGAAAUUGAUUUGUUAAAUAGAGACCUAGAUGACAUAGAAGAUGAAAAUGAACAACUAAAGCAGGAAAAUAAAACUCUUUUGAAAGUUGUUGGGCAAUUGACAAGGUAGAAGAUUCGAGGCCCAAUAUUGAAAAAAAUAUUUUAAUAACUACUGGUUGAAUGUUAUAGUUAAUGCUAGGAAGAUAUUCCUAUGCUGCAAUACAUUAAAAUAACUAUGUAUAUUUAUUUCUAGAAAAUGGAUGUUUAUUUUCAAAAUAUUUCUUUUUCAUUAUUAGUUUAAAAAAGCAUCAGUCUUUUAUUUCUUAAAUAAGUAACAUCUUUCAGUUAUUGAAAUGAUAGGUAAUGUCUCUUUUGGUUUUGUGUGGUAUUCAAAUAAUAUAUGGUUUAAAGUCACAGCCAUUUGGAUAUAUUUUAUCUGUUAGUACAUUUUCUCCAUAAAGGUAUAUACAUAGUCUUUGUUUACAUGAAUUCAAGUAUUUGGAGGAAUUACCUACAAAUGCCUUAGUAUUGAUGUGCGGCGUUUUGUGUGUUGAAGUUUUGGUCAUUAAGGUCUUUGUCUACUGAAAUUUUUUCUUUCCACUUAUUCUAAAUGAUUUAGAGUAACAAGUAAAAGUCGCACUAUUCUGUGUAACAGUAUCUUUUAAAGGAAAGCUAUUAUACAAUGUCAAUUAAUAUCAUGUUCUAGUUGGCUAAAAUUAAGAGAAUACUUGAAUUAUGUUAUAGUAAAUGAGUUUACUAUUUUGUCUUUGAAUACUGAAAAUUUUUUAAUUACUUCAGCUUUUAAAAACAUAGUUAUAAUUUUAAUCUAUAAUUUCCUAUGUAGGUACUACUUUUUUUAUUGUUCCAAGGCUUAUUAGUGAAUAUGGGAUAUUUAAAAAGCUGUUUAUUCUGCAGGUCUCAAAGUGUGUGUAAUUUCAGCAUUUAAAAGAAAAUUCAGCAUUUUAUUAUCCAUAUGCAUGAAAAUCAGAAACAAAAUAUUUAUCCACACUUAAGACAUUUAUACAUAUAUUAACAAAACAACAUGUAAGCAGGAGCAGUACUAAAAUACAUUGCCUAAUUUCUAAGUUGGAAAACACUGUGACACAGUUUUUCUCAUGUGACUAUUUUUGUAUCCCAAUUUUAAGGGCUUCUUCUUUGCGACACUGAAAUUUUUAAAAAGUUAUUUCUUAAGAAUUAUAAAAAUGGUCUCUUCUAUUAAAUAGCCUUAAUUCUUAGGGUUGUUUUAUAUUAUAUUUUUAUGUUGAGUAAGAGCCCACACCCUUCCUUAACAUAUGUUAAGAAUGUCUGCCUGGCAGUAGUACUGAUAUCCUUUUAUCCCAUCAGUGUAUGAAAGUGGCUUGAAUAUAGUAAAAUCCAUUUUGGUUACA